AUGUCCUCAGGUCAGCCUAGUCAGAAGGCUGUAGUCGUUGCUGCAGCAGAGCCCAAGGCUCGUGGCGCGAAUAGGUCGACGAAAGUAGCCGGCAAGUUGAAGGUGCUACCCGACCAGGUCGAGCCCGUGCUGCAAGGCAAACCCGUUGAGCUCGUCCUGAGCCCGCCGCCGCAGGACAAGAUCGAGGAAGAGGAAGAGGGUGAUGAAGCAGAGAGCGAGGAUGAUAAUGGAGACGAUGAGGAGGAACCUGACGAUAUUGAGGUCUACAACCAGAUCGACCUCAUUCCUGCGGGGACCGCACGAAGGGAUGCCUUGUGGCUUACCAAAAAAAAGGCGAAGUCGCUUCCCCGCGUUACAGCGUACGCCACUGCAAGCUCCUAUCGAUUUCCAGAACUCAUGAAGUUCUUCAACGCUCGUCGUGCCUCUUAUCACACCAACCCCAAAAUCAUCGAUGAAGUAAUUUACACGCCAUACGCAUAUGAAUUAUCCUCCGAAGACGGAAUCGGGUCCCACCGCCAAGUCCGAUUUCAAGGUCAGUCUCCGACACAAAGUCAGACUGGAGACCUCCUUGGCGUACCCGAGUUGGCGCCGGAGCAUGCACACACAGAUGGGGAACAGCAGGUACCAAAGAACAGGAAGAACAAAUUUCUGUCUCGCGAGCGUCCGCGGGAGGCCGAAAUCUUUCUGUUCAAAUAUGGCACAGUCGUCCUAUGGGGCAUGACGGAGGCACAGGAAAAGCGAUUCCUAUCCUCUAUCAAGCGGUUCGAAGUAGACAAAUUGCCACCAGAAGAAGUGGAAAUGGAAGACUUGAACUACUAUUAUGCCAAUUACAGCCGUAUCUAUAACGACGUGAUUACACUGCGAGUUGGGUCUAGCUACAUGACGAAGCUCUCCCUCUCACACGCGUUAUCGCAGUCUGUCAAGAUAUCACUGUUCGAGGAGUUAAUUUCUUCUACUAUCGAAGAGACAAAAGACAUCCCGGAAAUCAUCAGCGAGACGGGAAAGAUUGGCAUGCCUCAUAAAGACAUCAUGCGAAAGAUUGGUGAACUAUUUUUGUUGAGAACAAAUAUCAAUUCUGUGGGCUCUGUUCUCGAUUCCCCGGAAGUUUUCUGGACAUACCCCGAUUUACAGCCGCUAUAUGAUGCGGCCCGAGACUACCUGGAGAUUCCGCAGCGGAUUGACCUGCUGAACACUCGAGUGGAGGUUCUACAAGACAUGCUCCAGCUAUUGAAGGAAACUGUCUCAAGCCGACACGCGGAACGACUAGAACAGAUAGUCAUUGCUCUGAUCGUGGUUGAGAUUGUUUUGGGUAUUGUGACCAUCAUUGUUGACCUCUUCGCCUGAGCACAAGGACCAUUUUCAUCCGUAUCCGUCUUAAUUACACACAUACCGUACAGCCAUCUAGUCAUACCGUACACGGGAUCAAUCACGUACCUGC